GGUGGGGCAUCCGUCCAAGGACUGUGAGAAAAGAGACGUUAGCUAUCAAACUGUUGGUGACAGUGACGAAAGAACGUUUCUUCUUGAGAAUAUAUUUCAGGUCAAGAGAUCGGGAUGGCGUCCGGCAGUUCGAGCAGCGAGGAGGAGAGGAGCCUACGCGAGUGCGAGCUCUAUGUGCAGAAGCACAACAUCCAGCAGCUGCUGAAGGACUGCAUCGUGCAGCUGUGCACCUCCAGGCCCGACAGGCCCAUGGCUUAUCUCAGAGAGUACUUCGAGCGGCUAGAAAAGGAGGAGGUGAAGCAGCAGCUGAGCCAGCAGAAGUCCAGCUCACGGUCGGACUCCCGCGAGGACGAGAUCUCUCCUCCGAUGAACCCCGUGGUCAAGGGCCGGCGGCGGCGUGGUGCCAUCAGCGCAGAGGUCUACACCGAGGAGGACGCCGCCUCCUACGUCAGGAAGGUUAUCCCUAAGGACUACAAAACGAUGGCUGCCUUGGCUAAGGCCAUUGAGAAGAAUGUGCUCUUCGCCCACCUCGAUGACAAUGAAAGAAGUGAUAUUUUUGAUGCCAUGUUCUCAGUCACCUACAUUGCUGGAGAAACAGUCAUUCAACAAGGUGACGAGGGGGAUAACUUCUACGUCCUUGAUCAAGGUGAAAUGGACGUGUAUGUGAAUAAUGAGUGGGUCACCAGCAUUGGCGAUGGGGGCAGCUUUGGUGAGCUGGCGCUCAUCUAUGGCACCCCCAGGGCGGCCACAGUCAGAGCCAAGACCAACGCCAAGCUGUGGGGCAUCGACAGAGACAGCUACAGGAGAAUACUCAUGGGCAGCACCUUGAGGAAGAGGAAGAUGUACGAGGAGUUCCUGAGCAAAGUAUCAAUCCUCGAGUCUCUGGAUAAGUGGGAGCGUCUUACGGUGGCUGAUGCUCUGGAGACCGUGCAGUUUGAGGACGGACAGAAGAUAGUUGUGCAGGGAGAGCCUGGGGACGAGUUCUUCAUUAUCCUGGAGGGAACAGCGGCUGUGCUCCAGAGGCGGUCAGAGAACGAGGAGUUUGUGGAGGUCGGAAGACUGGGGCCCUCCGACUACUUUGGUGAAAUUGCUCUGUUGAUGAACCGCCCGCGCGCUGCCACCGUGGUCUCCCGUGGACCGCUGAAGUGUGUGAAGCUGGACCGUCCGCGUUUCGAGCGAGUGCUCGGCCCCUGCUCAGAUAUCCUGAAGAGGAACAUCCAACAGUACAACAGCUUCGUCUCCCUGUCCGUCUGAACCUGGAGCUGCCCCUGCCCACCGUAACACCCCCCCCCCCCCAUUCCCAGUUUGAUCCCCUGUGCCACAGGGUCCACCAAUGCAAAUCUGCUUUAUUUUCUUACUUCUUCUGGAACAUGUUACAACACCCAUGUGCCCACUUUGUCCUUAGUGUUGUUUCUUCUUUAGUCUCUCUCUCUCUCUCUCUCUCUCACGCUCUCUCCCUCCCACUCUCUCUCUCUCUUUCUCUCUUUAUUUUCUUAUUUCUUCUUUUUUCUUCUUUUUGGUAAUCUGCCUUCGUGUCGCAUCGUUACUCCUCCGCGUGGCAGUUUGUUAGGACGUCUCUUCAUAGAGCCGUCCCCGUCAGUCCCGUUGUGCCAGAGAAUUUUUUUUUUGAACACGUAAGAGGAUUUGUGCGAGCCGUCUGGAGAGGUAAAUCAAACACCUUCCUUUCCUAAAGCAUUUCCUUAAAAAGGCACCCUGCUCUGGGGCACGUUGACAACAGAGGAGGAACACUGAAACGUCCCCUUCCGCUAAACAAAUACGAAAGUUCUGAGUUCAAUUUAACCUGUUUUAAGCUGUAUUUUUCUGAAUAUUAUUUUAUUUUUUGGAUUCUGUCUCGUAUUUUACGACUUUGAGUAUGUUAGGUAAGCCAAAGGCAAGUUGCUGUCUUGUUCUCUGUGUUCAGUUUGUAAACAUAUAGCUAAUGGAAGGGUACUAAAGUCAUAUGCACCAUUCUGAAUCAUGGUGUUUAUGUUUUUGCUUUUUAAUUGUUCUAGUUGCACAUAUACAGCAUAUAUAAAAUGAAUCUAUAUAUAUUAGAUGCAAAAUGACCAUAACCAUAUUUUUUGCACAGUUUGUUAUAUAAAUAUAUAUAAAUAUGAAUAUACAUCUGUAGAUAUAUAUGGAAAAACCCUUUCUAUGCGCCUGCUGUUUUUUAUUUUUGCUUUUGGUUUCAUUAUCUCCCUUUAGUAGGUUUUUGUGAGUCUCGCUGGAUCCAUCAGUUCCCCCAUCUCCGUUCAUUUUGGUAGUAACAUUAAAAUCCCAUUGUCUCUCGCAGUGACAUCAGGCCAGAUCUGACAGUCUCUACCCCACGUCCUGAAAAAAAUGUUGCUUCAUGCGUAGUUUCUUUCAUCGCGGCGCAAUCCACUCCCAAAUAAGUGCCAAAUACCGGGUGGUGGUCUUCAUUCCACAGCAGAGGAAGGGGGGGGGGGGGGGGGGUCUGUGCUCCAGUGCUGCCGUUCGGUUCUGCCACAGUAGUUUGCAAUGGGGGGCCUGCCCUGUCCGCUGCUGUAUACAAAUGUGGGUGUUCUGACAUGGAUUGGUGUGUUGAUGAGGUAUUCGAUGAGAGCGUGCCAUUUGGACAGAAGUUAAAUGGGCCUUUUGCCAAGUCCAAGGCAAAACAACCUACCCAAAAUCCCCCCCACAGUGUAUUAGUUGUUUUUGCACCCUCAAGCAGUGUUAAUGUCUGGUUAGCCUUGCGGACGGAGGAAGUUGCUGAGAAUGACGUCAUCAGCUGUGUGACAGUUUAUAAGUCUUUAAAGAAAGUGGUCUUAAGCAGCAUUUGUUGGACAUUACGCUGACGUUGCCCCCCCCCCCCCCAAGACUCUGGCUGCCUGGGGUGAGGUGUAGCUCCCCAAGUCUUAAGAGAAUGUCAGUAUUGAUCAGGUUCCUGUUACAUCCAUCUCAGCGCAUGAGGGCUUGCGUGUGUUGGCACCGGUUCUGAUCCGAUGUAUGGAUCAGCAAGUCUAUAUACAGUGCUGUGGCUCGGCGACGUUACGGGAUCGUGUCACUGAAUGUUGGACACGUAGGUCCUGGCUCCAGGGCCUACGGUAACAUACACGUCUUGUGUUAUAUGGUGUAGUAGUGCACAGUGCCAUAAGGAAUUGUCGCUUCCCUCUCUUUCCCUCUGUUAUUUCCUUCUGUUUCUGUCGCUGAUCAUAGUGAGUGAUCUGUCCUUUUUUGAUGUUUGGGAAGCAUGCCACACAUGUCUCAAUCACACCUGAAAAGAUGUAUUCCUUUGGCUUUGUUCAGGUAAUUUAUUUUUUUUAGAAAUAACAAGCUCUGUUCCCAUUUGAUUUAAAGCAUUUCCUAAUUCUCUUUUUUUUCUUUUUGUGUUUUUAUGUUAACUGGUUGUCUCCAGACCUAGUAGCACACAUCAGUAUGGCUUUCGUUUUGAUGUCAUGGUUGAAUUAUUGUGUUGCAAAUCUUUCAAAACAUUGAAAGUUCUUUUUUUCCAUAAAGAGGUACGUAAUGCAUUUACUGUGAGGAUUGUCGGAGAGAGUACAAACUCUCCUCCAUUGUCCAUGAUCAGGGUUUGUUUUAAGAAUAUAUUUACUUGCUCGAAGAGAAAAGUCAUAUGCAGAUCUUCCUCUGUGAUUUGGUGAGGAAACACUUACUCUACAUAAGUUAUGCUGUAUUAUGUGUGUCAUUUCCACCCUAUUGGUGGUGGCCUUGAUGGAAAUUUCAUUUAUCUCUAUAUUUUUUUGCCCAAUAUUAUCAAUGUAUUAUUUUCAGAAAAGGCGAAGCAAACACAAUCAUCUUAUGUUAUGUUUGCUUAUUCUGUUUUGUUUUUUUAGUUGGGAAACUUCAGGGAUUGUUAGACAACAUAACUGAAGCCGGUUGAAAUUAAAAAGGCAUCAAUGAAGGAGGGCAGUAAUGUCAGAUUUUGUGGAUUGAAUUUAUAUAUUUUUUCCCCUCAGACUGUAAUGAAAGGCUCCUUCAGAUUGAGAGUAGGUUGAUGAGCACCCUUGCCCAAUGCAAAUCCCUUAAGUCUCCAGUUUCCUAAUUUUCUAGUCAACGAGCAUCAUGGUGAAAUACCGAACUGCCAGCAGGUGUUAGAGUGCCAGUGUGGUUCAGUUUUGUAGCUGAACAUCGUAGACAAUUCCUUAGAGAGUGAAUGGUAUUGACUGAGUAAUAUUUGAGCAGUAGUAGACAAACUGGGAGUCUGAAUUUCUUUCCUCACUCAGAUUCCCUGAAAGCAUUUAACGAACACGUGUCCAAAAAGCAUCCUUACAUUUACUGUUAGAAGGUUGUUGUUUGUUUUGUUUUUUUCUCCCUCAUCGUCUCCAUCUUCCAGCUGUAAUUUAAACAUCCCCAAUUAUUGCAUUUUAUACAUACUGCUCUUUCUCACAUUUAUUUUGGAGACACGCCAUCUACUGUUGUUGAGUGAUUUCAUUUCUGAGUUUUGAAGAAAAAAAAACACAACAAACACAGUUAUUGCCAUUUAUAGCUUUGCACUCAUGCGUGUGCGAUACCAAUGUGUAUGUACAUAAAAAGAAAAUCUGAAGUUGACAUUGUUUGCCUUAGAUGAUCUAAUCAGGGCCUAGAACCUCCUGACCCUUUCCCCUCAGCUUAUAGGGUUUGUAAAGCCUUCAGUGGACACAGCUGGGGGCUGACAGAGGACCAUUUUUCUAUUAUUCUUAUCCUUCGACUGUAAAUGGUUUGAUUUUACUGGAUGUGCUAAAAAAAGUUACUUUUUUUCUUUGGUAUAGAUUGUCCUAAUGGCAGGUCAAGCAAUAAAAAAAAUUCUUAAAA